GCGCUCGCCCUUGAGGACACACCCCACAAGAUGCUUGCCAUGGAGGACACGCCUGAAGCUAAUCGUCCAGUGGAUGUCCCCCCCCCUCCAGACGGCACCCAUGCCACGGAUGGCAACGACCACAUCGACAACGACAUCCCUGCCCAUGUACAUGCUCCAGCACCGGAUGCGGUCGCCCUUUCGGAUGAACAGCAGCCCGUUCAGGAGAAAGGCCAAGGCGACGACAGCGACUCAGAAGAUUCAUCCAGCAAUGCCUCGUCAUCGGUGUCAGACUUCCAUGAUGCCUAUCAGUGCGGUUUGUUCAUGUUGGACGCCGGGUUCACGGAGACAAGCACGCGCCGCGCUAGCAUCAAGGUGCUCAGAGCCGUCGUGGAAGCCAAGAAGGCCUUUGGCAGUGUCUAA